UCAGACAGGAAUACAUCAAACAAUAACCUAGUGCAAUAGUAUAAAAAUGUUGACGCUACCGAAGUUUGUGAGAUAAAAAAGCAGAAAAAGCAGAUGUGUGUGUGUGGGAGAUUGAACAGUCCCAUCAGAGUAACGAUAGUAUCAGUUCGCUUCAUCGCUUAAAAGUUGGAGCCGGUGUCUACUGUCAUUUAUUUUCGUGUUGUCGAGAAACGUGUUUACAAAUGCAACAACGGUGUUUCUUGUUAAGAUAUGUGUACUGACUUGAUGAAUGUCUUAAACGUGCUUCAAAUGUAAGCGCGCGUAAGCUGACUGGAGUCUGUGGACGGGCUCGCGCUUCUCUUGCCGGACUGGAAUACACUGUAUUAACGCGAGCAAAACAUCUGUCGAUGAUUGGGAGACGGCUGCUGAAUACUGAGAGAGGAAGAGCAAAGCCUGGAGCACAGAGAAAAAGCCUCGUAUAGCGUUAAACACACGACAGCGCCCGUCCUGGAGAGGACGGAGGACUCCUGGAGGGUGAUAGUGGCCGUAGACUGGACAUCACUGUGAACCUUCACCCGGGGCAGAAAGAGAGAGAGAGAGAGAGAGAGAGAGAGAGAGUGAUGGGCACCAUGAUGGCAUCAAAGUGGUUUUUAUGUCCCUGUCUGAUUUGGCUGUGCGUGACAAUGUGUCUUGCUGCUGAUGCUGAGGAGAGGCUGGUAGAUUUUCUGCUUGGUCCUGAGCGCUACAAUAAACUUAUCCGGCCUGCGGUCAAUAAGAGUCAGCAGGUCACUAUUGGCAUCAAAGUCUCUCUUGCACAGCUCAUUAGUGUGAAUGAGAGGGAACAAAUCAUGACAACAAAUGUGUGGCUGACUCAGGAAUGGAAUGACUACAGACUGGUGUGGGAUCCGAAUGAGUACGAGGGCAUCAAAAAACUACGAAUACCAUCACGGCACAUCUGGCUCCCUGAUAUAGUACUCUAUAACAAUGCAGAUGGGGUGUAUGAAGUAUCAUUUUACUGCAAUGCAGUUGUCUCCAACACCGGUGACAUUUUCUGGCUCCCUCCUGCCAUCUACAAGAGCGCCUGUGCUAUUGAAGUCCGCAACUUCCCCUUUGAUCAACAGAACUGCACGCUUAAAUUUCGUUCCUGGACCUACGACCGCACAGAACUCGAUCUUGUCUUGACGUCCGAUUUUGCCAGUCGUGAUGACUACACACCCAGCGGCGAAUGGGAUAUUGUGUCACUCCCUGGCAGAAAAAACGAAGACCCCAAUGAUCUCACAUACCUGGAUGUCACAUACGACUUUGUGAUAAAGCGUAAGCCUCUCUUCUACACGAUUAACCUCAUCAUUCCAUGCGUCCUCAUUACUUCUCUUGCAAUUCUGGUUUUCUACCUUCCUUCAGACUGUGGGGAGAAGAUGACACUUUGUAUUUCAGUUCUUCUGGCUCUUACUGUGUUUCUGCUACUGAUUUCGAAGAUCGUUCCACCAACAUCACUGGCUGUUCCAUUAAUAGGGAAGUAUCUGAUGUUUACGAUGGUGCUGGUCACAUUUUCUAUCGUGACGAGUGUGUGUGUGCUCAACGUGCACCACCGUUCUCCAUCAACCCACCGUAUGCCUGAGUGGGUCAAGCGUGUGUUCCUGCAUAAGCUUCCUGCUUUCCUUCUAAUGCGGCGACCGGGAAGGUCUAAUGUACGGGAGAGGUUUCGAAAGAAAAACCAGCAGAAAUCGUUUUCCUCUGAUGCAAAAAGCAUUAGGUUGGAUGGAGACUCAUUCUUCUUAAGUGAUGACCCUGGACGUGUGUGCGGGGCCUGGAGGGUCGGUGACCUUCCUGAGGGGUCAGACUUCAGGCAGAGAGUUAAAGUCAGACAUGACCAAGAUGUGGAUGAGGCCAUAGAAGGUGUGAGGUUCAUUGCUGAACAUAUGAAGAUCGAGGAUGAUGAUGAAGGGAUCAUUGAGGACUGGAAGUAUGUAGCCAUGGUGAUCGACCGGCUCUUCCUCUGGAUUUUUAUCCUGGUGUGUGUCGUCGGCACACUCGGACUCUUUGUUCAGCCUCUCUUUCAGAGUUACAACACCCCCGUGGCAGAGGAAGUAUAUGGGGAUUUCUAAAAUAUCUGCUGAAUGACCCUGUGACUUUUGGACAUAACUGUUGACCAAGUUUUGACAUAUCACAAACACAAAUCCACAUUAUUGUUGUGGCAGAACAUAACCAUUGUGGGGCGAAUUCACUAAACUGUUGCACUUUAGCUCUGGUGUUUCAGUUCAAACAUAUGAAUCUUAUUCACAAACCACCCACAAUCCAGUUUAAGCAGGUACAAAAUAGCAUUUUGCAUUUAAAUUCAUUAUUUUCCAUGCAAACCACCUUUCUAUGCAAAUUAUUAGGCUUCUUAUAGAAUAUGUAUUAAAAUGAGUGCUGUGUGCCUGGUACAUUUAACGUUGCGCUAUUAUCGACCUUGGAAAGCAAAAUGUAAACACAAUUUUAUGUAAAACAGAUAUUUGUUUGCAUUUGCUACUGAACAUGAUAGCAGUAAAUUAUCAAAUGAUGAUUCAUUGGAGUAGAGUGUUAUAAUAAGCCAUAAAAUCAGCCAUUAUCUGAUUUGAAUAAUUCCUUUAGAUGUAAGUGAACACAUCAGCUGGUUCAAUUCCUUGUUAGUGAAUAUCCUCCAUGUGUCACAAACUCACUACACUAUCAAAGCUAUAAACCAAUGAUUCUGUUUCUUUAGUUAAGAAUUUCUCAUUUGAACAAUUAAUAGCAUCAUAUGACAGCUGUCAGUGCCACUCAGUCGACAUCUUUGCAGCCAAAUUGUUGUAUAACUAUAAUAUUUCUAUGUUUUAUGUAGUGUUCACUUUUAUAUUUUUUCAAGGCACACAUUCACUUCUAUCAAAGAAGGUUUACAGGGUUUCAAGAGCAGGAUGAUUAUCGGAGACCUUGAUACAAGGACUAAUUUUCUAAGAUGUUUUCCUCCUUGCUUGACCUCACACAAUUGCAUUGACACACAAACUGUAGUUCACUCAAUAUUGUUUGAUAUGAACAUUUGAUUAUUGGCUAUGAGUGGUAUUCCGGAAAUAAAUCACAUUUUAAUUGCCUUAAAAGAAGGUUUCAUGCUGUGAUGGAAAAGCACUUCACCACAACAUUAUGAUCAACAGACUUUUCAAACUAAGCAUUGUAAUUAAAAAAAUAUUACAA